GUCUUUACAGUUUGGCUUGAAAACUUGCGAUAUGAUUAAAUUAAAAAAAACUAUAUAAAGAUAUUUGAAACUUUACAAAAGGUUAUUGUUUACGACCUCAAGAGUUUUAAGACAUCCACUUGUUUCAACACAAGCAUACCAGCUUGGCAUCUUUUAAUGGAAGUAUUACUAUUGGCACUGUUUUUGCUAGAGGACCAUGGCAAACAGAAACAUCUGGAAAAAAGCCCAAUACUCGACUACCUGAUGAUUUUAAAACCUGGACUCAUGUUUUGAAGCCUGUAACUACUUUUGUAAGCUGCAUCUUCGUUUUGAAACGACGCAUCCUUCGAGGAAUGAUAUAACAGACAUUGAAUUUUCAGUCAAAUGGCUUUCCAGAGUUUAUCUGAGUCCGUGUACGUAGAUAUGUGUCGGACAAUGGGGACUCCACAACAGGUAGUAUGCAGGAGAGAUAUGGUCGACAUAACAGAGUUGCUUAAAAAUGAAAUAAUGAAAAAAUCUAACAAGCAAGAAAUGUUGAGUGGAAGUCGAAGAGAAGGAUUUAGAUUUAGAGAGUCAGACAGAGAUACUAUGUUUUGGCUUGAUAACCACAAGGUGAUCUGGGACUGGAAUUCCCAAUCUCAGUGUUACAACUUACAAAGACAUGCACUGAUUCUCUGCCACGAUUCUGAGAGUCCUCCGGGGUUCACCCUCCUUUGUUUACCGAUGGGAAGAGCUGACAGUAGAGUGUUGUCAGCUUGUGUACGGAUGAAUGGAAUACUUUACAUUUCAAGUUCCAAACACCGAAAUAUCUAUUGUUCUGCUAUAAGACCGAAUUCUUCAUUGCAUGGACCGUGUAGCAAUGGAAUGCUAGGGAGGGUAGAAGUCGAUUACGCCCAUAGUUUUAUCAGUGAUUUUUGGCCACCUUCUGCCUCCUCAUGGAUAGACAGAUGUCACUCAUGGCCACCAUCUCCGGUUGUCAACGAUAUUGUAAGACAUGGGUGUCACUUUGUAGCAAUAGGACACAAACUAGGAAACCAUGCAGAUAACGAAUGGAGAAUAUCCUUCUCUUUGGCGGAGUAUAAACUUGUGUACUCUAUGAACCACACGCAAUUUUUAACUUACGGUAUGUUAAAAUUGUUUUUGAAAGAGGUAAUGAACAAUGGGUUAAGAGAUGAUGAAAAACUGUUGUGUUCCUACCAUUUAAAGACAACAUUGUUCUGGGCCAUUCAACAAACCCCGCUACAUAACUGGUGUCCACAAAACCUCCUAGCCGGUUUCUGGGUUUGCUUUAAAUAUCUUCUCAAAUGGGUGUAUAAAGGAGCUUGUCCUAAUUUUUUUAUUCCGUCAAACAACAUGUUUUUGAGCAAUAUUCAUGGCAGAGCAAAAUCAACUUUAUUCAGGCGACUGUAUGGGUUGUAUGAGAAGGGUAUAGCUAUGCUGCUACACAGUACCUCCAUCAGGUCCUCUAUCAUUGAUAUCCUUUGCAAUCCAAGACUUGAGGUCUGUACUGAUGAACACACUCUGAUUUCUGAGGUUGACUUUGACGCAGGUUUAUUCACUGAAAUAGAUUCCAAUGAUUCGUCAUCCGGAGAACACUUUCAGUACAUUUUAAAGGGAUUACUGGUAAUAGAAAAGUUGAUCAAUUUACCCUUAACAAACUAUCAAGUUGUAAUGUUACAAAAGCGUUUUGCUACCAUCCUUCAGGGGUUAGUUUUUGGACUACAAAAUAAAUAUUUUAACGGAGUAAAUAAUAAAGAGGUUUAUAUAAGAGACAAAAUCUCAUUAAACGUAUUAAAGUUAUCAGCCAAGUUUGGAUAUGUUUCUGACACAUUGUACAUUGCCAUGUUUUAUUACAAAACAUUGAGAUACAGAGAAACGGUUACCGUUAUAGAGAAGACAAAGGUCAAAUUUGCACAGCCACAUCUGGCAUACAGACGUAUACACACAGAGAGAUAUAAUGAAGCUGUAGGGGGGCUGCCUUGGUCUACAAAGAUCAGACUAGCUAUAGCAAACAAUAUCAGACUUGCCAACUACAUCUUUUACAUUCCGGAAUUAAUACCAGAACAGAAGUCUAGUGAUGGCAUGAAUAGGGAUUCGCUGAUGAUCUCGCCCUUUAUUAUGUUACAUUUUCUAGAGUUUUUGAGUUGUAGACGGAAUGACUCAAUAAGAGCACAAGCGGCUUUGGAGAAUCUUCAAGUUCUAGUCCAAAAUGAGCAUUUGGGGUUGGUACACGAAGAUAUCAGAGAUAUUUCUUGGGAAAUGUUGGGGAUCAUUCAGGAAAUGUCAGGGGACAUUCCUGCUGCCGUAUACUCAUUCCAACAGUCACUUAGACAGCUUUCAAUUCAUGAAAUACAAUCGGCCACUCGACAGAGGAUUCGUGAUUUGCACUAAGAAGCUCCACAUCACCAGUAAAAAUCUGAUUUAGUGAAUAUGCCAUCAAAGUAAAUGACAUUGUGGACAUACCCUUUUUAUGUUUUUUCUUCGUUAUUUACUCCGGAGCGCAGUGGUGGCAUUUCAGUUUAUGUGUUUGAGGACAAUAAAAAUACAAACAUGUAUAUUUAUAAUGAACAUUUUACUGUUUCACUAUUUACUUUUCUUUAAAUUAUGUGUUUUUACUUAUAUUGUUGUAGUCUCAAUUCGUUGGUGCAAAUGUAUAAUGCAGGUCUGCAACUAUCACAUCGAUCAGUUUCAAAUAAACAGUGUCAAUUUGACAUUUAAAUUAAAUUUUAUGUGGCUUUUAUACCACUGCAAUAUGGUUGAUAUUUCUGAAGAUUUAAGGGGGAUAUACGUAAGGUACACGUGGUAUGGGGCAUUUCUAUAUUGUGACGUACUAUUUAUCGAAAUAAACAAUUAAAUCAAGUGUGAGUAUAUUGAUAGAUUCUUUCUCAAUGUUGUCAACUAACAGUGUAGCGCAGUUGUUUUGUGGGUUAAUUACGAAUCUGUAAGCCACUAUUUCGAAUCCCGCUGGUGGUUUUUAGAUUUUUCCCAUCCAACAAUUUUUCUAACCUAUUUGUUUUGGUGAACUUUUGUAAAACUUGAAAAUUCUAAGCCGGAACAUUUUUUUAAUUAUAAUGUACUUCUAACCACAUUAAUGCACACAAAUGUCCCAUACCACCUUAAUAGCAUAUUAUAAGUAUCAGUUGGUCUAAUCUCUUGUCAUAAAUAUACAUUUUAUUAAAGACGGAAUGUAAGAACAUUGUUUUACUCAUUUGUAGAGUUUCGAUUCGUUUACAAUAGAAACUUGUACAUAUAUACCCUUUUUUAAAGAACCAAAAUAGGCUGAUAAGGUGAGUUUAAGUAUUUAAAAAAGUAGAGCAUAUCUUAUAAAAUGGACAUAAUGUUCCGGGAUGUGUGCUUCUAUUUUUAAGGAACAUAUUUUUAAGCUCAUAUUCACUAAGAGUUUUGUGUAAAGUUCGAACUACGUUUAAUAUAUCUUAAUAAAACGUGCCCAUAGACUUCAAUUUAAAAUUCAAGUAACAAUUAUUUGGAAAAUAAUUUAAUUUAUCUAUAUAAAAUAAUUUAUAAUUUUUUGAAGUAUUUUUCCUAUUAAGUCCAAAAGGGUCAUUGAAUUCAAAACAAGAAAACCUAAAAAAGAAAACUUGUGUUAUAGGAGACAAAUAUUAAAGGGAUAAAAAAAAGUGCAUAGUAUAUAGUUUACUGCAUAUGCUUGUAACUUUCAGGCACGUAGCACUUUUUCAAUUGUUAAAGGAAGUAGACGUAGCAAAAUAUCUUUAGAAGCAAAAUAUAAAAAAAAUGAAUAUCGCUUUACAGAGGAAUCCUCAAGUACAUAAUAUAUUAAGGAUGGGUUAAGCGUAGGGGAGGGGAAAACCUCGCAUCUUUAAAUUUAUUAUUAAUUUGGAGUUAAAAAUUGAAGAUAUAUUUUCAAUAACCUGCUUCUUGCGUUUCUGAGUUUAGAAAACAAGAUUUUAAAUUUACUAGAAGGAGACGUAUUGUAAUGUCGUUUUAACAACAAUUAGCUUUUUGUAAUUUUUUUAAACCUAUUUUCGAAAACAUUAAUAUAUCCAUUUAGUUUUAUUCUCUUAUUAGUUAUUUACCUAUUAGUUUUGUUUACAUGAUACAAAAACAUUUGAAUUUGUUUUAUCAUUAUCAAGAUUUCCUGCUCUUAAGUUCGACAAGCUAUAUUUACUCCCGAUUUAUUUUUUUGUACAUGGACAUUUUGGUUAACUUCUAAAUGUCUUAUCUUUUUAAUUCGAUUACUACAUAUAUGUAUAUACAUGUACGUAUAGUUUCUCUCAUGAUCAUUUAUUUCCAUUAAUAUAUUGUGUAAUAUUGCAGAUUUUAUGUAAGAAGUAAAAGAUUAAAAAAACAGAAAACCGUAAAUUCAUUACCAAAGGUGAAGCUACGUCACUGGUAGGGAGUAAUCAAUAAGAUAACAACAAUCAGUCAGUAAAGGUUGAAAAUCAAACAAGAUAUAUCCCUCAAAGCAUACUAUUAUAAUUUGAAUUAAGAAUUUAUAUUGAGGUAUUGUAUACGACAUGUUGGGUUCACCAUUUUUGCCAUGCGGUUUGAUGUACAUUGUACUUUUUGUAAAAUAACGAUUAUUGUCAUUAGAACUUAUGCUUUGAAAGUUUCAUCAAUGAGAGGACAAGCAGUGCUUAAACAUUUUUGAACAACAAAACAAGAAACAAAGUGCAAAGAAUCAUUAUAGGUUAUAAGUCUAUACAACAUACUAUCUAGUUGCCUGAAUAAGAAAUUGAAUUCUAAAAGGAGCAUUGAUUUAUAAAAGAAUCAUUUAAAGGUAAUCCUUAGUAUUUUAUUCUGCUGAAUAAUUAUAGAAAAUUGCAACUCGUUAUCAAAAAGGACAAUGUAAAUAAACAAAAUUUUAAAUCUGCACCAAUAAUCAAGGAAACUAUAC